AUGUCAGGACGGACAGCACGAGUCGCUGACACGCAGUCCGAUACCAUCUUGAAGAUAGAUACGGAAGACAUAGGCAACAACACUCUACAGGAGGUGCAGAACCCUGAUCAGCCAAUUCCUCUCCAUUAUCCUAUUGAACAACUCCUCCUCAUUCCGGAGUCUUUCUUUCAACACUGGACGGAGGAUUUGAAAUUUGAUGAGCUGAAGGGUCUUGCUAUGGGUCAGGAUGGAAAAGGCUUGGAUAGAAAAGGCUUCUACAUGCAAGCUUGCUUGAACUUCAAGGGAGAGCCGAUCAGAAAUGCGUUCGUCCACGAGGACAGAUACGGACCAUGUCGGUUCCAGACAGUCAGAGAUCUGUUCUAUUCCGAUGAGCUUGACCAAGCUCAUGCCCAUGGCUCCUGUCCCAUCCUACACCUAGUGCUGCAGUAUCGACGCAUGCAAUUGCAACCACAGAUUGAUGGCCCGCAGCUAUUCGACGAUACGUUCGGCAAGAGGCCAAAAUUGUUUGUGCUGCUGAUCAGAUACUCAUGGCUGAGUAACGCCCUUGUGCCCCACCCUUAUAACCGUAGUGGAGGCAUAGAUGAGGCAGCACUGUGGGAUACCAGAGUAAACCCAACAGCCAAUCAUGUCAUGACCAUGGACAUGGAGGACGCAGGGCCCCACACAGGGGUAAACGAUAACAUUCCAAGCGAACCGUUCGAGGAGUUCUCUUUGAUCGGCAACGUGGCCCAUAAGGGUGAAACGAACAGUAUGGGGCAGCCAAUGAUGACAUACAACAGCUUCGUUCGCAACAUCAACAUUCCUCGAGAGCCGCGAGCUCGCAAAGUCCACUUGGCUGUUCGUGUCGUCAAUCAUCUCCACACUCUUGGAUUCGGCAACAUCUUCCUUCCUCGCAACAUUUUCAUCGGAACGGGAAAGCUGAAGGCUGGCACGACUGAUAGAGUCAGAGGAGCUAUCCUGAACACGAUGAAUGCGAAUGCUACCUCAUACCCACCCGCAGAUGCAAACGACAGUAUGGUCAAAAUUCUGACACCUGAAGCAGUGAAAAGGUGGACCAUCAAGAUCUGGGUCAUGCCACAGAUGUCUCGCGUGGCUCGUAAGCUGUUUCUGUGUGAUGAUGCGCAGGACUGGAACGAGUACAUCAACCCUGCCUUGGCGAAGAAUGGUGCAUACAGACUGUACGUGGAGGCACAUUUUGUACCGACGCCAGCAAGUAGCGGCGGUGCCGUUGUCGAUACUUCUGUGGCAGACGGAGGCGACCCUUCUGGGAGUACAUGA